UAGACAGAGAGAGAGAGACAGACCUCGGCCCCGGGCGCGCCGCCCAGCGCAGGACACGCCACGCGGGACAUCCCCGGGCUCGCCCACGGAUUUCGGGGCGCGCAGAAGAGCCCCGCGACCCUCCGCUCAGCCCCGCGCGGGACACCGCGCGCUGUCGCCGGGGGGCCUAGGCGCGCCAAUUCCAGCCACGAGGAGCCCGGGAUCCACUUGGGGUGCGAGUUAUGGGCAGCGCGGCCAUGGACACCAAGAAGAAGAAGGACGGUGCCAGCCCCGGCGGGUGCGGUGCCAAGAAGACCCCGGGACCCAAGAGGCGAUCGCUGCGCGUGCACAUUCCGGACCUGAGUGCCUUUGCCAUGCCACUCCUGGAUGGAGACCUGGAGAGUUCUGAAAAGCCUCCUCGGAAGGGGGACAGUCUCUUCAGCUCAGGCAGCCCCUCCAAAGGCUUCUUCUCCCGAGGCCCCCAGCACCGGCCCUCCAGCCCUGUGUCUGCUCCUGUGAGGCCCAAGACCAGCCCUGGUUCCCCCAAAACCAUCUUCCCCUUUAGUCAAGAGUCACCGCCACGUUCCCCACGCCGCAUGAGCUUCAGCGGGAUCUUCCGCUCUGCGUCCAAAGAGUCUUCGCCUACCUCCAAUCCAUCCACCUCUCCUGGGGGUCUCCGCUUCUUCUCACGCUCCAGAAAAAGCCUCUCAUCCUCGCCGUCCACGCCCACACCCACACCAGUCACCAAGCAGCUCACCUUUCCCCUGGAGUCCUACAAGCAUGAGCCUGAGCGGCUGGAGAACCGCAUCUACGCCUCCUGCUCCCCGCCUGACUCAGCGCAGAGGUUCUGCACAGCCUUCCCGAGUCCCUCCAGGUCCCUACCCAUGUCCUCGGCACCCCACUCUCCCUUCAGAACUGCGGCGCUGGCGGCCCCGGGACCCGCAGAAGCCGGCAUGCUGGAGAAACUGGACCCCGAGGAAGCAGAAGACUCAGAAAGUGGCGUUUACAUGCGAUUCAUGAAGUCCCACAGGUGCUAUGACAUCGUCCCCACCAGCUCCAAGCUCGUCGUUUUUGAUACGACCUUACAGGUUAAAAAGGCCUUCUUUGCCCUGGUAGCCAAUGGCGUCCGAGCUGCACCUCUCUGGGAGAGUAAAAAACAAAGCUUUGUAGGAAUGCUAACGAUUACAGAUUUCAUAAAUAUACUUCAUAGAUAUUAUAAAUCUCCCAUGGUGCAGAUUUAUGAAUUAGAGGAACAUAAGAUUGAAACGUGGAGAGAGCUUUAUUUACAAGAAACAUUUAAGCCUUUAGUGAACAUUUCUCCAGAUGCCAGCCUCUUCGAUGCUGUAUAUUCGUUGAUCAAAAAUAAGAUCCACCGAUUGCCCGUUAUUGACCCCACCAGUGGAAAUGCACUUUAUAUUCUCACCCACAAAAGAAUCCUCAAGUUUCUCCAGCUCUUUAUGUGCGACAUGCCUAAGCCCGCCUUCAUGAGACAGAACCUGGAGGCACUGGGAAUCGGCACCUACCGCAACAUUGCCUUCAUCCACCCCGACACGCCCAUCAUCAAGGCCCUCAGCAUCUUCGUGGACAGGCGGGUUUCGGCCUUGCCAGUUGUUGACGAGGCAGGAAAAGUUGUCGAUAUUUAUUCCAAAUUCGAUGUCAUUAAUCUUGCUGCUGAGAAAACAUACAAUAACCUCGACAUCACGGUGACACAGGCACUCCGGCACCGCUCACAGUAUUUUGAAGGGGUGGUGAAGUGUAGCAAGCUGGAGACAUUAGAAACCAUCGUGGACCGCAUAGUGCGAGCUGAGGUUCAUAGGCUGGUGGUAGUGAAUGAAACCGAUAGUAUCGUCGGUAUGAUCUCCCUGUCGGACAUCCUACAGGCCCUGAUCCUCACACCCACAGGUGCCAAACAGAAGGAAACAGAAGCUGAAUGACGCAGGCAUGGGCGGCACCCUUGUGGGCCAAGUUGGACAAGGAUUCCAGCUCCGCUUUGCCUCAUUCACUCCGACCGUGGCAGGAGAGACGGCGGCUCAGGACAGAUAUCGGGGUUUGUGGCGGGGUUUUCCUCCAGCGAUGCUGGAGAUCAGCUGAGAGAAGAACAGACUGUAGGUAUUGGAAGAUGCGGGCUUGCCUCACAGGACUCUUCUGAGACCUUUGAGACGGUUUUUAGUACACUGUAUGUCAUUAAAGUGCUCUGUGUCCUCCC